GGAAGAUGACAGAAAAGACAACAGACCAUAAAUACCGUUCGUUAUUUCUUCGUAAUUUCAGCCUGGCGACUUUUUGAUUGCCCUCUUUUAUGUCUUUACCUAUGUUAAGCAAAUACAUGUGACCAGCGAUUGUGGCUGGCUCGACUAACUCUAAAGUUUUCCUCUUUUUUUCCUCCUUUUCGCUCAUAACCACGCAGUUUAAAGGUAUUUUAGGCGUGGGUGGCAAGCAACUGGAUCCCCCCCCUCUCUUCAUCGUGUUGGUCGCUGUAGGAGGAGGGGUUGCGAUAUCUUUUCAAGCUAGCGAACGGCACUACGUAGACCCGCGUAACAAGUUUAAUUUGUUGCUAAAGUGAUCAAACUUGUCAUAAAGUCAAUUCGGGAAUCAAUUAGGACGAGAAAGCGAAUGUUAUAUAGAAUAUAUUUAGAAGGCAGUGUGUUAAGCGCACCUAACGUUAGCCAACUCCCAGCAAGAUCACAGCUUGGGAGCUAGCGAGCCACAUCACUCUAUCACAUGUUUAUGUUUAAAAGUUGUUCAGUGAGUAUUUUCACGUAUGCGGGAGGAUGGAUGAUAGUUUUAGUCGUCUUUUAACCCACUUCGAUUUAAGACAGAGUGAGUGAGUGACGUUUUUUACUUGAUCACACCAACCGUAUCCUAAAGCUCAUCCUAUCUAAGUGCAAACCAGUCGAAAAGAGGAAGCCGAGGAAAUCCCCCAAAAGGAAAUGCCAAUCGCAGCCACUGGCCAGCCGACGACUCAAGAGCCCAGAGUGUGCCCCCGGCUGCCUUCCACCCCUGAACCGGUCCCUAAAGGGGCUGAUUUAUUUGAAGAGGCGGGGGCGGCAGAGUCGGCGGAGCGAACAGAGUACGGGGGCGCGGAGGGGGCCAGAGGCGUCGGGGGGUAUAGUUACAGCCACAGCGGCAGUCGGAGCUUACAGCCCGCAUUCACCGACAGCUCUCCGCCGCAGUCUCCAGCCGCGUCCUCCUCGUUUCUCUUCCACCCCUUCCACGGCCACCGAAUGCCAAUGGAGCCCCCCAGGACCCGAUCGCGUUCCCGGUCUGGAUAUUACCAGCAGUAUAAUGGUGGGAAUGGGAUUACUGGCAGCGGAGUGAUAGGAACGAACCAGCAGAAUCAUCAUCAGCAGCAGCAGCAGCAGCAACAACAGCAGCAGCAGCACAGUGCCGGUGGUUGCACUCCCCUUGGGGCUCACAGCAGCCAAGCAGAGAUCCAGCAGCGAGCUCUGGGAAGUAACGCCUCCCCUGGCAUCCAGAGGCUUCCCCCUGUUCUUGGAGCUCUCCGCAUCCCAACUGAAGGAGCCUCAGAUGUGCCUUACCAUUGCCACCAAGAGCAUGCAUACAGGGAGAGGGACAAGAGUGAGGAAAGCCCCAGUCCAAAGCGCCAGAGGCUGUCUAGUCAUGCUGUCUUGGAACAGCUAACUUCUUCCGCACCACCGCCAUCCACCCCGUCUCCCCCCAUUCGCCCUUGGGAGCUGGGACCUCCAAGUAGGAGACCGUCUCACCCCCACGCACACUACCACCAAGAAAGAUCCCUCACACCGGCUCGCCACAGACGCAGCCCCCCUGUCAGGCGGCAGCGUGGCCGCCUCCUCAGACCGACUCGCCACUUGCCUCCCCAUCACCACCCCUCGACACAAGGUCCCGGUCCCCACCAGUUGCCAUCAGAGCUCCAGGAUGAGAAUUUCCAACGCAACCCACAUUCCUCGACGCACCAAACGUACCCAGCGCACACCUACAGUCACCCCCCUCCACAUGGAAGUGGGGGUUCAGAGGAUCCCCGAGCAUUCCAUCCUCCCACCUUGUCCCCCCGACUACUGCACCCAGCUGCGCAUCACCACCACCACCACCAUCAUCACCAUCAGCAGCAACAGCAGCAGCAGCAUCACGUAACGUCACAGCAAGGGGCCAUGGUCCUGGACUUGCAUGAACAGCUUCAGCAGGGCAGCGUACCAGUCUCUUACACCAUGACCCCUGUCGCACCUCACGGCCUCACAGCACCGCUGUGUAACGGUCAGCACCUUCCCCCCAGCUGCUCUUCGCAACAACAAGUUCCUGCCUGCAGUGUGGUAUUCAGCACUGGACAACACUACCACCCGAUGCUACAGGCUUGUUCAAUGCAACAUUUGCCAGUGCCCUAUGCCUUCCCCUCUCUGCUGUCCAGCGACCCUCAGUUUCUUCUAUCCCCUCCGCCUCAUCUUGCUCAUCACCCACCGCACCUCCACGCGCACAGUCAGUUCUUGCCCUUCCAGACACAACAGCCACGAUCGCCCUUACAGAGGAUUGAAAAUGAGGUUGAACUUCUUGGAGAGCAACUCUCAGUGGGUGGUGGCUUUGGCUAUGGCCAUCACCAUCACCAUCAUCACCAGCCUCCCUCCACCCUUCCGCCCUCCACACCACUCCAGUUUCUUUCACACCAUGACCCCCUUUCCCAAGAGCUCUUCACUGUGCCCUAUCCACACUUUAUGCCACGGCGAUUCACCAGCCGGCGCUACCCAGCUCGUUCCCAGCAGGCUGUGCCUCCUUCAAGCUACCACCCGAGCUUCCUGCCUUACUUCCUGUCCAUGCUCCCAGUCCCACCAAAUGUAGCUCCAGCCAUUAGUCUUGAGCUUGAUGUUGAUGAUGGAGAGGUGGAGAACUAUGAGGCCUUGCUGAAUCUUGCAGAGCGACUUGGAGAGGCCAAGCCCCGUGGCCUCACUAAGGCUGAUAUAGAACAGCUCCCAUCGUACAGGUUCAACCCCAAUAACCACCAGUCUGAGCAAACACUGUGUGUGGUCUGCAUGUGUGACUUUGAGUCCCGCCAGCUCUUGAGGGUUCUGCCCUGCAAUCAUGAGUUCCAUGCCAAGUGUGUAGACAAGUGGCUUAAGGCCAAUCGAACGUGUCCUAUCUGUCGGGCUGAUGCGUCCGAGGUCCAGCGGGACUCUGAGUGACCCUCCCGAUUUCUCUUUGGAUACACCAGGCAAAUGUUGAACUUUUCUCCGGCCAUCAUGCACAUAGACCAGGAUUCCUUCACCGCACAUCCAAAAGGACUAUGACACUUUUCUGCAUAGUGCUUCAAAUUAGGGAUAAGCCCCUCAACCUGCUCUGCCUUCUGUGCUGUCUUCACUCAAAAUGGCCUUUGAAACGCGCACCGCACAUACACAUUGUAUUCAUAGAAAACUGAAGUGUCUGUAUACAGUACUUGUAGUAACAGACUUUGCAGGAAGAAUUGCAGUCCAAAGAUUUUGUUCUUUCUGUUCUGGUGGGGGAAAAAAAAGGAAUUCACCUUAAACAGCACCAGUGGCGGGCGCGUCAAUCCGUCAAUCGCCAUGCCAUUAUUAUAUCAGACCAGGCCAAUCUGUCAGAGGCAUAAGUGACAGCCAGCCUUUCAGUCCCACAGAACGCAAUGACACUCUCCCAUAUUGUUUGUAUUUCGAUCAUCACCACACUCUGUGUGUGUCUAUUGUUUUUAUUUUUUCUUUAUUUGCAGGGAUGAGAAUUUUCCACGGAUCCGCGGAUUUCCGUGUUUUUUUAGCCUCGGCGACUCGCGAGCAUUCACCCUAACCCCGCAACGGCAUCUUUUGGCAAAAUUAGUUAAGCUGUGAGUACUUGCCUCUGUAAACCUAACUCACUGGCAGCAGUGAUGCAACAACAUCCGCCUUAUUUUCGGCAGCAAUUUGGCGCUACUUUUGUCACGUCAUUUCCACUUGUUAAGUCACGCGGCGAACUAAGUGUUUUUACACCGCCACAAUGUAAAUUUGCAAUUGGGUUUUCAUCCCUUGUAGACAAGCUAUUUAGUUAGAUAGCUCUGGGGCCUACUCAUUAAAAAAAUUCGCCAGCAUGAGGAUCGUGCCAGGGAAAUAAACAAGCCAAACGGGAUCAAGAACUGCUUCAGUUGGGCAUGGCUCGAGACAGUCCGUAACCACGUGCCUGACGGAACAUAUUCGUAAAGUGUGUGUGUGUGUGUGCGCGUGUAUGUGUGUGUGUAUAUAUAUAUAUAUAUCAUCGCCCCCCCAGACCCCUGGCUACUUUUCAGUCUUUUUCCACAUUUGCUAUUCUCAUCCCUGUAUUUGGCUAUGUCUGCUUGCGCGGCGCCUGAGUAAGUACGUUCUCGGCGCCGAUUGACUUUUGCCAACGAGGGACCGACUUGGCCCAUGUGGGUCGUCGGCCUGAAAUAACGAUGGCAUGCUGACUCGCGGAGUGACGCACCCACCACUGAAUGGCACAGACUGUCCUUGGUUUAUUGCAAUUGGUUAUUACAAUCGUUUAAUUUUCAUUUCUGUAUGUGUAUUUUAGCAUUCCUCUGUGUGAGAUCAGCCUGUAUGGGAUGGAAAAAAUAUAUUUUACACUGUGAGUUGACCUUCGAGAGACCGAGUUUUGGAACAGCAAAUAAUAUACUUUAUGCUAUGUAAGCUUGCUUGUUUUGUCUCUGUUCCCCAGUAAGUGUGCCACAUUACAAUCUCCCUAACUCCCAACACACCAGAGCUGCUCUCUGUAAGGUUUAUGUCCUAAUGCCACAGUGUAAAGCAAAUAAAUCUUAGACACGGGAAAGCUUUUGUGGUGUAAUUAACUAUCAGAAUUGGGAAUUGACUCAGUAUGACAACCAAACAUGUGUUUUACAGAGAAUGUACAAUUUGCUGCAGACACGUCAUCACACUGAUAUAUUAAAACUUAAUUUUGGCUUCCCAAACUGUACUUUUAUGUUAUUUUUUUUUGUCCUCAUCGUUUGUCAUAUCCAUAGAAAAUAUUUUUUUGGGGGGUCAAAGGGGACUGGAUGUAUUCAUUGUGUCUUUGAAUUGUGUUGUAUUGUUUUCUGUGGCUUGGGUACACUAGUUACCUCAGUCCCACUAUUUAUGGCUUUCCAGACAAUAUUAAAACCAUGAGCUAUUGCAUUUUGCCAAGUUUUUCCCAUGCAAGUUCUUUAUUUCACUAUGACACACUAUCAUUUACAUGGUGUCAUAGUAGUUAAAAUAUGUAUUAUACCUGUAACCAAAAUCAUUUGAAGGCCUGUAAUGUUGAUGAAAUUUUUAACAAACGUUUGUACAUUUUGUAUGAGAGUUAUUACUAGUUAUACUUUAUAAAGUAGUGCAAUUACUUCCUUAAUUCCUUACCCUUUUGUAUUGCAAAAGCUGAUUCAAUAAUAAAUGUUUAACAUUCUUCUCUUAA